AUGGCAACUGAACAAGAGGCAAUGGCAAAAAUGGCGAGCAUCGACGUCCCAAAUGGUGAGUGGGUUGUCUUUGAUGCCAAGAACAAACAAUUAGUCUUCAGAUGCUCUGGCAAUGGUGUUGAUGCCUUAAGAGAUGAAUUAAAAGACGACCAAGCUUGUUUCGCGUUGAUUUCAUUGAGAUGCACUCUUGAAGGUAUUCCAGACCAAGCCAGAGGUAUUUUCAUCGACUGGAAAGGACCAAAAGCAAAAGGUAUGUUAAAGGUUAGAGUUAGAGAACUGAAAGAACAAGCACUUGAUGUUCUCAAACCACACCAUGGUGAAUUAGAAGCGGUUGGAAAGACUGAAUUCAAUGAAGAGACUAUCCUCAAGAGAUGGGCCAUGAACUCGGGAUCUCACGUAAUUAACUAA